GGGGAGAGGAGAGAGAGAGAGAGAGAGAAAGAGGAGAGAAACAGAAACAGAAAGUAUCUCCAGCGGUGAUUCAGCAGUGAGGCAGUGUGCGCUGAGACUACAACUGAAGCUAAUAAUAAUAAUAAUAAUAAUAAUAAUAAUAAGUUUUAUAUUAAAAAAAAACCUAUAGAUCUGGUUUUGGACCAUGGACAUCGAGCGAAAGGUCUUUGUUCUCUACACUGGAGGAACUUUCGGCAUGAAGCCUGAUGAUGAAGGCAGACUCGCUCCACAGCCUCUAGAGGUGAUCCAGGACUUCAUCAUUCAGCACACCAUCCUUUAUGAGAGGAAACCGGGAGAAUCAGAGGACGAUGUCAGGAACCGCAUCAUCACCCCAGAUGGUUUCAUGACACUGUAUACCCAGUUGUGUAAGGAUGACCCCAAUGUCAAAGGAAAACACUGCAAGAUUCUCUACAAGUUUGAUGGUCUGCAAAAGCCCAUAGACUCCUCCAGUGCCACCCCGGAAGACUGGAGCAAAAUGGCUAAAAUCAUAUUGGACAAUACAGAAGUGUAUGAUGGGUUUGUUAUUAUCCAUGGAACAGACACGAUGGCCUUCACCUCCUCUGCCCUGUCCUUCAUUUUGGGACACAUCAAUAAGCCUGUGAUAGUGACUGGAGCUCAGAUCCCCAUAUUUCAUCCUCGCAGUGAUGGUCUGGGCAACUUGGUUAACUCAAUGCUCAUGGCUGGAUAUUUCUCUGAGAGGUCAAUACUGCAUAAGGUGAUGCUUUGUUAUCACAACAAGUUGUUCCAGGGCAACCGUGUGGUGAAGGUGGACUGUGAUUCCUUCAAUGUGUUUGAGAGCCCUGAGGUGUGUCCUUUAGUUAGCCUGGAAACCACAAUUAAAUUUUCAGCGAUUGAAGAGAAGAAGGAGAAGCCUAAAGACCCUCUUAGCCUGAAAGUAGAGUUCAAAAUGAAAGAAGCAUCGAAUGUGAGGAUACUGCGAUUUUUCCCAGGAAUCACUGAAAGCUAUGUGCAUGGGAUUCUGAAUGGAGCUGAGGGUGUUGUCCUGGAGACCUUUGGUGCUGGGAAUGUUCCAGAAGUCAACUGGCUUAGGAAACUUCUGAUGGAUGCAAAUGAAAGAAAUGUUCUAAUAUUGAACUGUACUCAGGUUUAUCGGGGUACUGUGGUACCCAUCUAUGCUGCGUCUGAGAUACUGUCAGAUGCCAAAGUGAUCCCUGGAUAUGACAUCACUCCUGUAGCGGCAAUGACCAAAAUGAUCUGGGUGCUGAAAUCAACAUCUAAUAAUAAGGAGAGACGUAAGUUAAUGGAGCACAGCGUUUAUGGAGAGUCAUCUGCUCCCCCGAUGACGCUCAACCUGGAACUCAACUUAACAGAAGAGUGAAAACAGGCACCAACACACCUGCACUAACAUCUACUUCAUCAAAACAAUAUGAAACCAUUAUCUAAGCCAAUGUUUAUCCCAGAUGAGCUCCCUGGAACUUACCAAUAUAAUUAUGCUUGCAAUCUUCUGAAAAGAUGUUUGACUUAAUGUGGUAAACAGGGUAACAGAGCAACAGGCUUGAAUAUAUGCAGUUAUUUCAGUUACAUGCUAAUCGUGUUAUUCCAAAAUGUGUGAGGUCUUGUCAGUCAGAUUCUGCGCUAGUCUGCUCUUUUUGUUUCAAUAAAAAGUCUCUGCAAUAAUUAUUGUAGUACAUCAUCUAAGUCAUCUUAGUAUUCACAUAGUUUACUCUGAGUAUCUGACAAAGCAGGUGCUGUUUGGAACAGAGAAAUAAUUCAGUUUAUUUUGUAAUUUUUAAAUAGAAUUUGGAGAGAUUAUGCAACAAAGAACUGCAGUGAAUGCAGGAAUACACGUAACGUAUGUAUAUGUAGUAAAAUAAAAACAUACUAAACAUCCCUGUGUAUAACUAAACUACCUUAUCGCUAACAGAUGCUAAUCAUCCUACCCUUAAUCAGCGCGGCAAAAGCUAAUAAGCUCUAUCGAUCAUACUGAGAGGAAGACUAAGUUUCAGUAUUUACUGAGGAAUUUACUAUAAAUCUAAACUGCAAAACAAAGUAAGUUGUGUUUUACAUGCAGAGGAUUUAAAUGUCCUUGUGUAUAAAGAGCUGCUGUGAGUAGUCCUGGAUCCUGGGUGGAGUACGGUGUACACUUUAGGACGUCCUCAGAGCUCAGAGUCAGUAAUCAGACAACACGGCGUUCUUCCUCAGAGCAGACGGUUUCAGAUCCCAGGAAAAACACUGUCAUGCUUUUUCUGUGAUGUUGUGUAUCAGUGGAGCUACAACACCUGGCUUUCAUGACAUUCCUACAUUAUGACUAAUUACAACUAAACGUUGUGCAAAAUUUAAGUGUU